UUCAUCAUUCACGAAAUCCACUGUAGCAGAAAUAUUGAAGUAUGCCGCUACUGCAGUGAAUCAAUCCCAAAGUCUGAAAUGAAGAAUCAUAUUGAGUCUGAACAUGUGCAGGUUACCUGCAAGUGUAGGAUGAAGAUAGAAAACAGUCUCUUGAAGGAUCAUGAGGCAUCGGCGUGCCCUCUGCGUCCUGCCCUCUGCCAGUACUGUGAUGUACAGCUUACUUUCAACAAGCUCCAGGAGCAUGAAAUUUACUGUGGCGCUAGGACUGAGACGUGUGGUGGGUGCGGUCGUAACAUCAUGGUGAAGGAUCUGAAAGAGCAUCCUGAAGUCUGUGGGCAAGAGGUGAAACAAGUAAGAGGAAGCAGAACAGUGCCUUGCUUUGAGGAUGAGGAUGCAGAUUUGCACAUCCUUCGAGACAUUAGAAACCGCCUAAGAUCAGGUAACUAUGCUGGGCCUUUGUGGAGAAUGCCCAAAGUGCUAGAAAAGCAGAUUUAUAGCAGCUGUGUAGGAGACAAAACCCUUCAGGACAUUAGCAGAAGAACUGUUUCAGCAGUACAAAGAAAUCAAAAGUGAGAGGAUGAACUGGAGCAGUUGGAGAGAAAUGAAAACACUCAUCCUUCGCUUUAUGAAGAGUGGAACGACGAUUUAGACUAUGUGUUGGCUCUUAGCCUACAAAACGAGAAUAAUCCUUUCAAUAAUACUGAAGCUGAAAUUCCCAGUGGCUUCUGGGAAAAUGACUACACCAAAGAGUCUGUGCCAUCUGCCUGUCUUAACGAAACAGACAAGUCAGAUAUCUUCUCCUGUGACUCUUUAGUGUCUUUUAGCACGUCGAAACACAUAAAAAAUGAUGAGAUCAUCAUGUUGCCAUGUGAAUUUGUGAGGAGCUCUACCCUGCCGAAGAUCUGA